CGAGAUGGAGGCGACUCUGAGCCUGGAGCCGGCCGGCCGCAGCUGCUGGGACGAGCCGCUGAGCAUCACCGUUCGUGGCCUGGCCCCGGAGCAGCCCGUCACGCUGCGCGCGGCCCUGCGCGACGAGAAGGGCGCGCUCUUCCGAGCCCACGCGCUCUAUGGCGCCGAUGCCCACGGAGAGCUGGACCUGGCGCGCGCGCCCGCUCUGGGCGGCAGCUUCACGGGUCUUGAGCCCAUGGGGCUGAUCUGGGCCAUGGAGCCCGAGCGGCCUUUCUGGCGUCUGGUCAAGCGCGACGUGCAGACGCCUUUCGUGAUGGAGCUGGAGGUGCUGGACGGACACGAGCCCGACGGCGGGCGGCUGCUGGCGCGGGCGGUGCACGAGCGUCACUUCAUGGCUCCCGGGGUGCGGCGCGUGCCCGUGCGCGAGGGCCGGGUGCGCGCCACGCUCUUCCUGCCCCCAGAACCUGGGCCCUUUCCUGGAAUCAUAGACCUUUUUGGAGUUGGAGGCGGCCUUCUGGAGUACCGGGCGAGUCUGCUGGCUGGGAAGGGUUUUGCCGUCAUGGCUCUGGCUUAUUACAACUACGACGACCUCCCCAAGACCAUGGAAACCAUACGCAUUGAGUACUUUGAAGAAGCCGUGAACUACCUGCGUGGCCACCCUGAGGUAAAAGGACCAGGAAUUGGGCUGCUUGGGAUUUCCAAAGGGGGUGAACUUGGCCUUGCUAUGGCCUCCUUCCUGAAGGGCAUCACCGCUGCUGUUGUCAUCAAUGGCUCUGUGGCUGCUGUUGGGAACACCAUAUGCUACAAGGAUGAGACUAUACCCCCAGUGACUAUCCUGAGAAACCAGGUCAAAAUGACCAAGGAUGGCCUCAAGGAUGUUGUAGAUGCUUUGCAAAGCCCUCUGGUAGACAAGAAGAGCUUCAUCCCUGUGGAAAGGUCUGACACGACCUUCCUGUUCCUCGUUGGUCAGGAUGACCACAACUGGAAGAGCGAGUUCUAUGCCAAUGAGAUCUCCAAACGCUUGCAGGCCCACGGGAAAGAGAAGCCCCAGAUCAUCUGCUACCCAGAAGCAGGGCACUAUAUCGAGCCCCCUUACUUCCCACUGUGCAGCGCUGGCAUGCACCUCCUGGUGGGUGCUAACAUCACCUUUGGAGGGGAGCCUAAGCCUCACUCUGUGGCCCAGUUGGAUGCAUGGCAGCAACUCCAGACUUUCUUCCACAAACAGUUGGGUGGUAAGAGUCAUGGGGUGUCCCCUAAAAUAUAACCUGUUAUGUGAUGGUUUUCAGGGGAAAGGUACAAAUACUUUGUAGGAAUAUCAGUUCAGAUUACUUCAUCUGAACAUAUAAACGCUUUUGGUUUACAUUUUUAAAAAUUAAUUUUAGUAUCAAAAUAGUGCUGAUUCAAAGGCUGGAGAUGUAGUUCAGUUGUAGAGUCCUUGAUUGGCUCCUGCAAGUUCCUGGGUUCAAUCUCCAUGCUGUAAGGGAAAAGAGCACAUUUUAUGGAAACUGUAGCUAUUCAAGAAAUAGUGCCUAGAAUUAAAAGGAACCAUGAGUAAACACUCUUAUGUAACUUAAAA